CCGGGGCCCCAGUACUGUGCCGACCAGUCCCCGAGGAAAACCGGAAGAGCCACCCCGCCCGAGGUGUCCCACAUGAACAACCCGGGAGCUGAGAAAUGGCGACCGAUGGCCAUCUCGAAUCCGUCCACCAAGUUGCGGAUAGCACGGUCUAUGCCCCAUUGGGUGAUGGCGCAGCAGCAACAGCGGGAAAUGGAUCAGCAGCAACGCCGGCCGCCGACACCCCCGAAAAUCCCACCACCGUCGCUCUCCGGAGACUGUGGUGACCCCGAUUACGAGAUCAUCGAGUUCCCGACCCGACCGCAAGCCCAGAGACCCCCGAUCCAGGCGCACGUUGGUAAAUGCGCCCUGUGCGGCACCGAGAACGUGUUCGCGCGAUGCGACACGUGCAACGACAAUUAUUGCGAGGCCUGCGACGACAUGAACCACAAGCACCCGAAACGGAGGGGCCACAUUCGCCGAAGAAUCCUGACCGAUAACGCGACCAGGAGCAGACCACCCUUGCCGCCGAAGGGCGAGAACCUGCCGCAUCCUCCGCCGGUGCCGCCGCCGCGAAGAAAUCGCAAGACUACUCAGGCUAAAUCGACGCUAGCCAAAGGAUCUGCGCAUCUCCCUUUGCUCGACAAGGUUGGGAGCUUGAAUCGCAACUUUUCCAAUGCAAAACCAGCGUCGUCGUCUGUAUCGGACCCGAGCACGAGAGUGUCAAAAUCUACGAGUACUUUAAACACAUCGUCCAAUGACGCAGGAUCCGGAACCGAUAAAAUGUCCACUUUGCAGGAGAGAUACAAGAAAUAUCAGGAGGCGAUGAGAGCUCAAGAUGCGAAUAGACGGCGACAUCCAUCCUCUGAUAGCUCGAGGGACAAUGUCAGCGGAAGACCGCUCAGCGUAGGCAGUUCGAAACAGGCACCACCGCUUGCACCUCCGCCGCCACCCAGAACUAUGAUACAAUCAGCCAGUGUUUGCGACUUGUCUGCUGCUCAUAUGUGGAAUCCGGGAAUGCAUCAAGCGCAAUCGAUGGCACACCUAGGACCCGGUGGCAUGCCGAUGAUGUGGUACCCAUCGAACUCUUGGGACGUGUCGAUGGGAGGCUCCACCAUGAAUCUGCAUCAUCCAAACAUGUGGGGAUAUCCCAUGGGCUAUCCCUCGGCACAAAUGCUGCCUUCGCAUUAUCCAGGAUCUCUCUCCAGACCGCAAAGUCCAGCCAGGAGCGUAAAGUCUAGCAGACGAUCGAGAGCACCGUCGCCGGCUCCCAGUCUGAAGUCCAGGAAGUCCUACGCUUCGCGGUCACGAUCGAGAAUAUCGCCUGGAUCACCAUCGGAUGCCAGUUCAGAAAAUUCCGACGAGUCCGACGUGGACGACAGACUUUCGCGAGGAUCUCGAAGUAGGCGCGGCAGCGUAUCCAGAAACAUACGGCAACGAAGCUAUCACGACGACGACAGCAGAAGUCUCAGAAGUCGACGGGAAAGAUUAAUGUCCGAGGAGAGAAUGCUGAGCGCCGAGGAUCAAUGGUCCGAGAGUCCGUCCAGCAAACGAUACUCGACAUCCUCGAGGAGCUACGACGAGUUUCAGAAGAACAAUACUGUCGCUUCCGGUCAGCGUUCCAAUCAUGACGAUCGUUCGAUUGCGCGGAUGGAUUCCCGGCUGGAUCGCGUUCAGAAUGGAACAUAUCGCGAUCGCCGAAGACGAAGCACCGAUGACGAGUCUUCCGAUCGCAGAAUGAACGCGUCGAAUCGAACACAAGUAACGAGUCAGUCCAAUGAUCAUCUCGAGAAGGUGGAGAACGUAUUGAGGAGGGCGUCGUCUCUGCGAAGGGACAUAAUGCUGGACGAUCUGGAACGAUCGUCCGCUCGUCGUGAUUCUCGUAGAUCGUCUUUUGAGAGCGAUGGACAGAUUAGGAGAACGCCUUCUCGUGAUGCGGCAUCUCCGAAAGGAACACCUGGAGAACGAGGACGCUUUCUGGAGAGGCAGUCUUCGCAAGGAGGACAUUCGGAGAACAGAGAUCGCGCGAGCAAAGACGAAGCUGAAUUACGAUCAAGGAGGGAACAACAGAUCCACGAUGCCCCGCGAGAUCGUGAACCUUUCUCGAAAAGGGAAUCCCUCCAACGAAGAGACCCUCUCGACGAUCCAGAUAGGCUCAAACGUAGCUCCGGCAGACCCUUCGACAGUCAGAGCCUCAGGAAAACACCUUCCAAAGAAAUACCGAUAAAAAGACGCGAGGACAGCGAGGAUCAUGAUCUACCACGAUCGAUCAGUAAUCUCCAACUCGCAGAUCGCCAACGGUCGAUCGAGAAGGAUCAACGAUUCAGGGAUUCAGCGCGGACCACUAGCGAUGUUCAGCAGAGAAGACAAGACAGCGCUGAUACCAAGCAACUGCAGGCACGAAGUUCUCAAUCUCAGGAUGAGGAUUCAAAGACAAUGAAGACGGAUAAGAUCAAAGGCGCCAGUACGUCAUCCGAGAAAAUCGCGAGCAACGAGACAAUGGAGUCGAUGGAGAUACCGAAGGAGGAGUGGGCCUGCGAGCACUGCACGUUCAUCAACAAGAUCAAGGAUCGCAUUUGCGUGGUCUGCUGCAAGACGCGGAGCAGUGCGCUGCCGCCAAGCACGUUGGACGACGAUCAGACCGGUUCGAUCGAGCCUCAAGCGAUCAAGAAGGAAACAUCGAGCGUCCUCGGCAAUCCAAGUCCCGAUCUCGAGAAGCGGACCAAACUGUUGAAGGUGUCCAACAGCGAGGAGAGUGGCGACAGCGGAUCCGUCAGGAACAAAGAUGUAACUCGAAAAGUCGAUCCUCCCGUAGAAAAUUCUGAAAGUACGAUCGCAGCUGCAGUUAUGCCUGCGAAAGAAGCGUCUUUGGAAUCGACCAACGUGACAUCAUCGGCUAGUGAGGAAUUGUCAUCGGAGGCACCAGCUUCAACGUUAACUUCUUCCUCGACUGCGGAUACCAUCAAGGUAGAUUCGAGCACGAUGUCACGCGACGAAAAGCCUCGAGGAAAACUUUUGAAGAGUCAUUCCGUAUCUACGGGAACGUCUCCUCCGCCGCAGAGCAUCUCAACUCAAACCUACGACUAUCUCCCUGCAAAAGGGACCCUCGGAAGGUCCGCGUCGGUGGCAACGUCAAAGAGUUACUUGUAUUACGAUGAUAGCGACGGAGAGGAGCAGAGCAGGUUCACGAACAGCCCGGAUCUGUAUCCACGGGCAUUCCAGGAACAGUAUCUUCAGCAGCUGAUGGCCGGGCAGAGGAGCAGGGAACGUACCAGGAGAAACUCCAUCGACUCGUCCCAUCUCUAUUACCGUUCCAGGGAGCCCAGUCAACCGAGGUAUACGGAGGCAGGUCCCAGUUCCGGCCAGCAGGUUUCCACGUUGACGCGACAGGGACUUGAGAUAGUGGAGCUCCUGCGAGAGGCCGAGAGGCAGGGAUUUACGACCGACGAUGUUCAGGUCGCGCUGGCACAGAGUGCACCGAAUCCCAUCGAGUGGCUGAAGACGCAGUGGCCGCAUCUCGUGGAGACGGUGCAAGUCCUGGUGACUGCGCAGGGCAAGGAGAUGAAGGAGAACAGCAUCGGCGUCCUCUCGCCGGCCGAGGCGAGGGAGGCUUUACGAUCGGUCAAAGGCGACAUGUGGAAAGCUCUCGCGUUGGCUGUUCAACGCAGACAGCAGAAAUGCCAGCAAAUUAUGGCGAAGGGUAAUUUUACGCUCGAAGAUGUUAUCAGGGCGCUUGAUAAUAACGCCGGUGUCGAGGACGCCACUUUGCUCGAGCUGCAGAAGAAUCAGCUCAAGCCCUUUUUAAUGAGGAUCUGGGGUCCUCCGGUCGGGGUGGAGAACGACGAGGCUGCACCGCAUGGAGACGCAGCGGGUGCGGUCGGUGGUGGGACGGGGGUUCUGAUGGAACGAGCCCCUAAUGUGUCCGAUACAGAGGCGCGGAAGCAGGUAAUGCCACCAAUCGUUGAUCAUUUCGUCGCGUUGCAAGCCGACUUUCAAAAGCAACUGGCGGCCCUCAGAGAACUGACCGAUAACUGGCGACACGAGAAAGAUCCCCCGAACAAACUGGGUAAUAAUAAGUCUGAUAAUCUGUACGAACGCUCUGACGAUGAUAGUAGCACUGUUCUAAUCGAUGCAAAUCUGGUCCCAAGGGCCGUACAACAAGCGCUCGACGUAGCGGAGCCGAGCGAGCUUGUCACGCGGCAGAUACGAGCGAGCGUAGAUUCGCGGGACUCAUUGAACGUUACGAAGCCGUCCGAAGGCCUGGACCAAGUAGACGAUGCCGCGUUGCCUACCGAAAUCCCCGCGAACACGAUCAUCAACGAUCUCACGAGAGAAAACGCGAUAAACUCGCUCGCGCCCGAGCAGUCUUCAAAAAAUGAUAAUGUCAACCAUUCGAUCGGAGAUAUGCUGACGACUGCUGGAGAACGAGUCAUCGUACAAUCGAUUGUCGAAUCUGAUCUCCCGAAACCAGGAGAACGAAAGAGCGAGAACAACGAAAACGUCGAGGUGACGCAAACGCAGGCGAGGAAAAAUAAAAUGCACGAUGAUACCGUGACAACACCGAUCGAUGAGACUGCAGCAGCGCAAGAGAUCAUCCAGAACUCACCACCACCGAAGGCACCUGAAAGAUCAUCGCUGAAUAAUGGCAAGAGUGAAGUAUCCUUGUCGCACGGAAGUUCUGUGCUCGACACAGCGAACGCGGAACCAGGUCGAUCCUCUCCAGUUGGGCCGGAAACUUCGAGUACUCCUGGAUUACCUAAUAUAGCGGAACGACGAGCACGGACUGCCGCGACGGGGAACAACGGGUCGCUCGUCGAAGUUGGGAAGUCCGCGGAAUUGAGCGAGGCUCUUCAGGGCUCGAGUGCUUCGCGACGGACCGAUAUAUCGGAGCAGCAAGGGCCGUCGCGGCACGAGUCUUCGAUCGUCGACGUGUCGGAUGUGACGCGGGAAACUCACGAGAAGGAUGUUCCUGCACAGACGCCGUCCGAUCAGCUUCCUCCGGCAGAAAUCCCCAGGCAGAACGACGAGCCGCGCGUCGUAGCGGUGGAGGCUCUGCUAACCGCCGUGAAAUCGCUGCCCGAGCAAUUCCUGACGCCCUUCAUAACAGCGAUGCAAAUGCUGUCACCCAUCAGACCGGAGGAGAAUGACGCCAGCGCGAGUCCCAACGUCCAGCUGAUGAACCGACUGAACGCUUUACGCAGCAUGGAAGCCGAGGCUGAAACGCUCCGAGAGACGAAGAACGUCGACGCUGCGCAACGGUCUGCGAUUACGAACGUUAUAUCUCGCAACGACGAAGAGAAGCCCGUUUCCGGAACGGUACUUGAUGAAACUGUUGGAUCGCGGUCACUUCCGGAGAAGAACGUGAAUCCUCGCGAGAGCGGUCCGGAGAAGUCGAGUAGCGGCAAGAGCAUCGGCAAGGGGAUCGUCGGAGCCAAGAUUUCGGACUCCCGGAUGGCGAGGACCCGAUCGAGCGUUCCGGAUAUUAAGCAACAGCAUCGGGAUGUCAGAUCGGUACGUACUGAUUCGAACGAGCCUAACAUCCCGCGGACCAACGCAGCCGCGGAUCUGACGUCCUCGGACUUCGAGUUAACGGAUGGAGGUGUUCCUACCGAUGCCGAAGAAACGCUGACGAACGAAGCGGCAGCAUCGCGCGUCGAAGUAGCGCAACCAACUGCUGAAGCGUCAGACGCCACACAGGAAGCACACGUGCGUAAGAAUUCUUUAGAGAUAGUCGACACGCCUAGGAAAAACGAUAAUCAAGAGGGAUCCAAAGGCGAAGCCGUGGCGGUAGGAUCAAUUGAAGAAACGCCAUCAGGUGAAUCAUCCAGCUCCCACGCGCGAUCGUCAGCGUUGACGUCUACAACGCAUGAUCGGUCCAUCAUUCUGAAACCUGUCGAGCUUGCAGUCGCACCUAGCAACACACUGACCAACGUGUCAUCAUUGUCAAAGGAAGCGAGGAACUCUUCCGCGCACAAUGAGCAGCUUCCCGCUGAUGCCAUUAUCAAAAGCAUCGAGCCGAUUCUGAAUAGCGAUUCAGAAUCGCGAGAUAAAACUUCAUCUGACCCAAUAAGCGAUUCUAACGCGGAGAAUGCUGUUUCACCAAUGCAAUUGAUAACAGCGGCCAACGUCUCGCAAGAGAACCUAAUCACUCAUGAACCAAUCGCUGAUCAUUCGCCUGAAAUAGUAACGAACGCAACUAACGCAAAAUCCACAAACGGAGCAGAUAUUAACAAGCCGAACGAGCAAAGCUCGAACGAUUCGUCUCGCGUAGGUGUCACGUCGAUUUCAUCAACUCCUUCAGCCUCAUCAUUCGCAAACACUCCCGUACGCUCCAGCGACGUUAAAUCGCCGUCCGCCGAAGUGCCCGAUAAUCCCGAAACGACAUCGCGUCGUCACGAUAAAAGUGAUACAAAGCCGAUUGUACCGAGAGAUGCGGUGCACGUUUCGGAAAAAGUGGAGCAGACAAUUUUGGUCGCAUAUCGCACGCCCGCGAGCGACGAUAAAAAUGAAAGCACGUUGAAAGAAAACGUGCCCGUUGAGCCAAGCGCGACCGACGAUUUGCCCAUUACUCAAUUACAAACCCAUGAAAGUAUCGUAUCGCCGUUAACGGACUCGCACGCUCCAGCUGCGACGAAUUUAAACGACUCGCGCGAUCAGGAAGGGGAGACCGCGUUUUCCAUCCCGAUGGGAAAAUUUGACGGUUCAGCGAGCAAGCGGACGUCGGACGCGCCGUCUUUAAAGAAUCCAAAUGACGAUUCGCGUCGCGAUAAACUGUCCGCUUCAAUUAAUCACGAAAUAAUUAAACUUGCGCGCGAUCGCGAAACGGAAACGAAAAUGACGCCACCCCCGCCCACACGUGAUAUCGAAGUCGAUAUCAGUCCCGAAGAUACUUCACGUGCUGAAAUAUCAAAUAGCUCGAACGAUCCUGCAUCCUCAGAAGACAUUAAAAUUUCAGAGAAUAGCAAAGUAGAAUUUGUUAAUGUCUCCAAUACUGUGAGGUCCGUUGUACAUGAAAAUUCUAUUGCAGGUACUAACAAGCACUGCGACGUGAAUGUACCCGAUCAAUCGUGCGAAUUAACGGAUACCAAUAAUAAUCCGCCGGAUAGCAGCUUAUCCACCGUACAAUCGAAUUCCCUCACCUCGAAUCCGAACGAAAGCGUCUCGCAUGUUAGCGAAAGCGAAAAGCUUUUUCGAUCUGAGGACGCGAAAGAAACUGCACAGAUGUCAAAUUCUACAACAAAAAGCAUCUUACAAGCGCUUAAAAAUUUUAAUAUAUUCUUCACGUCGCAAACUGAAAAGAAAAAUGUUUCAUCAAUCGGCAAAGACACGGAUCCUAUUACCGCGAAUAUCGGCGACAUGACGCCCGGAAUAUCUGAUACCUUUGAAAUAAAAAUAUCGGAAUCGCCCCUAAUGACGGUAAAUGAUUGCGCGCCGAUAAAGAACGUCGCCGCGAAUGUCGAACGCGAAACGAAUCAAAUCGGAGAUAUUAAUACAAUCAGCAUAGAAAAAACGCAAGACAUCGAUUCGCCCGGAAACCAGAUUUCAGCGAUCGUGCGUAACGAACCGGUUGAACCACCGUUGAAAUUGCCGAAUAACGAGUCGAUAGAGAACGAUACGAGACAAAUAAACCAACCGCGCAAAAAUAUAAUCGCGAAACCCGUCGUAAAACACCGAUCCAGAUCGCCUGUUAAAAAGAUCGUCCGAAGGAGAUCUCCCGUUAAAGUAAUAAGAAAAUCAACUAGUAUACCGGCAAAAAAUCUAGCGCAGAAAAGUACAAGUCCGAAUAAUACAACCGUCACGAAAGCCAAAGCAACGGCCAGCGAAAUUACGAAAAAAUCGGGUCGAGCAAUAUCGAACAAUGAAUCGCGAAUUAAAGAACCAGUAAAGUUCACAUGUGCCGCAAAUGACAGAACAAACAAUAAAAACAAAUUAAAUGCCAAAGUAACAGACAAAUUUACUAAACAAUCGUUAGGCAUCACCAGUGUGCAGAAAAUCGAAGGUCUCAAAAUAAAUAAUCAUAAAAAUGUUUCCACGUUUGGCGCAAAAAUUAUAUUAAAAAUUGAUAACGCGUCUAAUCGUGAACAAGAAGUUAAACCGUUUAUUACCAAAAACUGUAAUCGUAGUAUUUCGAAAAAUCCCGAAAAUAGCAAAAUUGAACAGUCUAGAAAUAAAAUAACUGAAAAUACCCCAAAUAAAAAAUCAGAUAAUCAGAAAAAUACUAAAAUGGAAGAAUCGGAUAAAACAGAAAUUGAAACAGCCAUAGGUCAUAAUACUGAAAUUUCGAAAGAUAAUAAAAUAUUAACCAAAACAUCCUUAAUAGAGAGAAAUAAAGAGCUCAAAACAUUUUUACCAUCAAAAAUACCCGUUUUAGUGCACCGGAAAGUUGCGCAAUCGACGGAUAUUAUUCCACCAAAUUCUUGCAAAAUAAAUUUAAACAAUUCGUUAUCAACAAAAAGUAAAUCAACUAAAUUGCCAGUAGCGUCAGCGAUUCCAAAAUUAACGUCAAAGAUCCAAGAAAAAAUUAGCUCCAAAUCAAAUUCGUUGAGUGUACGAAAAAUUGACUUCGAAAAUAAUGCAAAGGUGAAUCGAAUUAGAUCCGUAGAUAACGUCAAAACAAUUGCAAUUACCGAAAAUAUGAGAGACCAGCAAAUUUUGAAAGAAGAUCAUGCUGAAGAGACUAUCAAAAGGCAGGAAGAAACCGAGGAGCUUUCGAAAGUUGAGUCAACGGAAUCGGAAUCGACGCUAAACGAAAAUUUGCAGGCGCCGAAUUCGACGCACGACGAUCCAUCCGCGAAUUUUGGCAAACAAUUGGAAAUCGAAAACGCGCUCGAGGAAAGCUCGGACACUCCCAGUUCCGAUUCCGAAUAUUCCGAGGUGAGUGAAGACACGGGAACGGCGAAGUGUCUUUCUGAUCAUAAUUCGGAAUGCAAUUCCGUCGAAGAGCUCACGGACGCAGAAUUGUUGUUGGAGAAAACGCUGAAUGAGAUAAGGUCCGAAAUAUCGGAGUCCGAAGAAGACCAUCACCGUAGCGAGUCCGAAGAAAGCGAGGAUGUCACUUACUCGUAUGAAACAGAAAGCCACGAUCAUUCCGUAUCGUCCGAAGAUUCGAUGGAUGAGAAACGGGCAACUGCGUCGUGCGAGCUCGAAGAUUCGGCGGAGGAAGAUACGUACGAGGAACUAUCCGAAGAAGAGCAAACAAGCGAACAAUCCGAAAUUUCGGAGCAACUCGAUGCCGCUGAUAAAGAAACCGAUGUAACUCGUGACAAAACGAGCGAUACCGAAGCAACCUUGAACAGAACGGAAAGCAAUCCUGAAAUCGCGCAAGAAGAUGAAAUAGAUGAUUCGAAACCUUCGGAGGAAGCUAAAUUAGCAAAUCAGCCGGAAAUGAUCGCGGAAACCAAUGAAAGGACAUUAGAAGUUCCUCGGAAGCCUGUAACCUCGGAUUCUGAUACCGUUGUGACAGAUCCAGCGAUAAUGUCUUCAACAAAGUCCGAGCAGAGCGCAGGAUCCGAGGAAGGCGCUCAAUCAAGAGCGAACGACUCAAAGAAGAACGAGAUGAAACCUGAGGAUGCAAACGAAAUCAAAGGAAAGGAUCAAACGACGGCGCAGAACAACGCGAUGAAGCCGAGCUUGAAAGUUACGAGCGCUAAAAGUGCGAAGGUAGGCCGAAGGGCGAGUACGGGAAGUAAAGAGGUCAAAGUCGAGAGGGACGACCCGUUAAAGGGGGUGGAUCGGGCGAGAGCGCCCAAGAAACGAUUUUCCCUCGUAGCCAGUUGCAUCCGUCGGUUCGAGGGCGAGGAAAAUACCGAGAGGGUGGCAAGCAUCGAGCGCAAGAGACAAGGAUCUCCCAAAACGGAGCGGGAGAGGAUAGCGCGUCGUCUCUUGGCGGAGGGUCGAGCGGCGAAUUACGAUGAGGCCGAGGUAGCCGCUAGUUUGCUGGCUCUCAAGUUCGGAGACGCUGAAGCACUUCAGGCCGCAAAAGAGUGUUCCAGCGUGGAAGCGGCGCUUGCCUUCCUGCAACAGGAGUGCGAGUUAUGUACCGGUCGUUUCGCAAUGAGUCAAAUGGUGUCUAUGCUGAAGUGCGUGCAUCGCUGCUGCAACGAAUGUGCCAAGAAUUACUUCACUAUCCAGAUCAGCGACAGAAACAUCACGGACGCCGUAUGCCCAUAUUGCAAGGAGCCUAAUCUCAAGGAUGCGAGCGAGGACGAGGUACUCGAAUAUUUCAGCAACUUGGACAUUCAAUUAAAAACCCUGCUGGAUCCGCCGAUCCACGAGCUCUUCCAGAGGAAGCUGCGAGAUCGGACCCUGAUGCAAGAUCCGAAUUUUAAAUGGUGCAUUCAGUGUUCAAGUGGAUUUUACGCUGAUCCCGAUCAGAAGCGUUUAAUCUGCCCCGAUUGUCGAUCUGUUACUUGCGCCUUUUGUCGAAAGCCGUGGGAGAAGCAGCACGAAGGAAUUUCAUGUGAAAAGUUUGCCGCAUGGAAAGAUGAAAACGAUCCCGACAAUCAAGCCGCGGGUUUGGCCAAGCAUCUGGCUGAUAAUGGCAUCGACUGCCCUAAGUGCAAGUUCCGUUACUCUCUGUCCCGAGGAGGUUGCAUGCAUUUCACGUGCAGCCAGUGUAAAUAUGAGUUUUGCUGUGGUUGCGGCAAGGCCUUCAUGAUGGGGGCAAAGUGCACGGUUAGCCCUUAUUGCGCCAAGCUGGGCCUGCACGCCCAUCACCCGCGCAAUUGCCUGUUCUAUCUUCGUGACAAGGAACCCGCGCAGCUGCAGCAAUUACUGCGAGAAAAUGGCAUUGAUUACGACACCAAGGGCCCGAUCAGAGAACGCAAGUGCAAAGUGCAACUGCAGAAGGAGACGCCGACCGGGGUUGUGGACACAGUGUGCAAUUCCGAUGUCGUCGAGGGCCACGCCGGUCUGUGCAGGAUUCAUUACAUCGAGUAUCUAGUACGAAAGAUCCGCGUGACGCAGCUGGAACCGCUGUCCUUGCUAAACGUGGACGAUCUCGAAACGUGCACACGGCGCGCCGGACUGAAACUACCCCCUAAUUGGUACGGGCGCGACCCGGAGCAUUACAGGAACGACCUGGUCGAGGUCGUAAAGCAGCAGAUUCCACUGGAGUGACCGCGGAGGAGUGUCUCGAAGAAAAAGACGCGUGCACCUGAAGCCAUUAAGUGAUAGAGCGUAUUAUAUAGUAUUUAUUUUACUUGUAUGAAUCGCGUAAGCUACACAUAAGUGAAAAUAAUGUAGGACCACGUACACACACAUAUAUAUAUGGAACAAGCAAUGCAACACGGUAUUAUCUCUCCGAACCGUCAAAAUUGAUCUUUUUUAUAUAAGUUUUAUACGUAAAUUCAGGGUUUUAUUCACGAUUGAGAUAUCGCGAGAAGGAAUAAUGUUCAUUUCAAUGUGUUCUACUUGUUAACGCAACCAAAGAUCUACUAUAAUCGAGUUUUCUUUAAUAAUGGAUGAAAUAAUUAUCAGUAGGGAACAUAUUAUAAUUAAUGUUUGAAAAUGUGUAUUUAUUUCUGCUUUAUAUAACAGUUUUUUCAAGAAAUAGAUGAUUUUAAUCAAGAAAACUAUUGUAUUAAUGAAUAUCUGCUUCUCCAUCUUUUUAGGUGCUAUAAAAAAGCAAGAAUUUAGAUUCAGGAGUUAUCAAUUAAACAUGAAAUAAAGGA